AUGUUUGGGGUGGAAUUUUUGAAGAAUAGUUGUAGUGCUUGUGGAAUUGAUUUUGAGAAUUUACAGUUACCUGUUGAUGAGCUGUGGAGAGCGGGUGUAUUUUCGUCUUCUUCGGAUUUGAUAGGAUUGUUGCGGGGUUAUACGGAUGAGGAGUUGGGAAGUGAUGGGUUUAGGAAGGCUGUGGGGUUGCUGCCGCUGAGGAAGGAUAUUUUUGGUUGUGAUGAGGUGGAAGUACUGGGUUUGGGAGAUCGAAACAGGGUUUUGGAAUGGCCUGGGACUCAGGAACGUCGAAAUCAGGAAUUACCGGAUAAACAGAUUAUCUGCAGUGGUUUUACAGCCAAAGGAACUACCAAACGAUAUUGGGUCUGA